AUGGAGAUUCUAUCUUGGCUUCCGCCCGAGACUCUGCUCCGUUUCAAGUCCGUUCACAAAUCUUGGUAUGCUCUAAUCAACGAUCCUAAAUUCAUAUUAAAGCAUUUUUUGAAUUCUCCUCAAUACAAUCACAUAUUUCUCAAGCGGAUUGUGGAGAUAGACUAUGAUAAAGAUAAAAGUACGUUCUCCAUUCUCAAUUUUUCUCUUGAUCCAUACCUGUUCGUUCUGGAUAUAGAUUUAUCAGACUAUCAAUAUUCUCAAUAUUUUGAAAUUCAUGGCCAUUCUCACUGUAUGGUUUGCGUCGCCGAUGUUAUGAAUGUUUCGAAUGUUUUCCUUUGUAACCCAGCAACUAGAGAGUUUCGUAAACUCCCACCGUCCAUUUUUCCCGUUUAUACCAUCACUGAUGCCUCUCCCCGUCCUAUUUGUUACGAGUUGAUAAUGCAAGCGUCAGAUUUGGGUACGAUGCAAAUUCCAUACGAUGUAAAUUCCAGGGAUUUUAAAGUGGUUAGAGUUGUGGAUAUUGUUGGACUCCGUCGUGGAUAUCCGGUUUGA